AAAGAAAAAGAUGGAGACCUUAAACCAAGUGAUAGUUAAAAAGAUAAUGGAUUAGAAAUAGGAGGAGAUAGAUGAGAAACACGAGAGAGUCCCUCCAUCUUUAAAGAAAAGCCAAAGCCCACGCGAAAGAAGAGAAGAGCAAGGAAACAAGGAACCAGAAUAAGAGGCCUGCCCCUCUCUCUCUGUCUCUCUUUGGACUGAUUCGGUUUGAUCGCAUCUACUGCUAUUUCUCUCUCUCUCUCUCUCUCUCUCUCUCUCUCUCUCUCUCUCUCCCAUAUGCUUUGAAAAAAGCAUAUAGCAUAGGAAUCAAGGCAAGCGAAGCAAGCAAGUAAAAAAGAAAACCAACAAAGUAAAAGUUUCUUAGGUGGAAGGAAACAAAGUGUGGGUCAGCUUGGUGGCUUCUUCUUCUCAGACAUGAAAAAAAACUCAUUCAACUCCGCAAUUUCUUCUCUUUAAACUCCGAAUCCCUCUCUUAUCUCUCUCUCAAGAAUCAAAAGUUUCUUUCUUUUCCUUAAAUACAACACUUGUCUCAAUCUUUUCAUUUUCUUGAUAUUUCCUUUGGUUUGGUUAUAUAGUUAUAUAGUCCUCCAUAGUUUGGGGCAUCUUCUUCUCCUGAUUCAUGUGUUAGCCUUAAUUAGGCCUUCCCUUUCUCACCACUCUCAUUACAAAUUAAGAGCCAAAUCACAAUCUCUCUUCAUUGCCAUCACAAUUCUUGUUUGCAUAUCUUCAACUUGACACUUUUUUCUCUAUAUAUUUACCUUUCUGUUUCGAUCAUAUAACCUUCAUUCUUAAAUGGCCGUUCACGCUCAAUAUCCAUCAAAUGUUCUCCUUUUAAACAGAAGUGUACAAGAACGAAAGAACCCACUUAACAAUGAUGAUUACUCGUUGCAACCUCAACCUGGUGGAGCAUCAAUUCUUGAUCACACACAUAUGCUAUUCAAUCCAGAAGCUGGCUCCAACCAUUCGUGUAAAAGAAGAAGAGAAAUAACCACCAACACCACUAGUACAACGGCAGCAGCAAUGAAUCCAUUAAUCUCAUCAAUGCAAUCUCAGCCGCAGCAGCAGCUCAUUGACUUAACUCAGCUUCAUACGCAUCAACCAAAUGUUGUCUCAACCGGCCUCCGUUUAGCUUCCGGCCAACAGCUACAACAACAAAAACAACAUCACUCUCUUUCUCCUCAAUCUUCUCGAUCAUCAGCCUUCUAUUCAAUAUUAACAGAAGACUUCUCCACAAUUAUCAAACAGCAGCGCGAUGAAAUUGAACAUAUCCUCCAUGUUCAGAGAGAACAAUUGAGGCGGACAUUAGAGGAGAAAAGGCGUACACACUAUCGUGCGCUGCUCGGGACUGCCGAGGAAACAAUGGCACGCCAACUGAAGGAGAAGGAAGCCGAGGUGGAGAAAGCGGUUAGGCGCAACGCGGAGUUAGAGGCGCGUGCAGCGCAGCUGAGUGCGGAGGCGCAGGCGUGGCAGGCAAGGGCGAAAGCGGAGGAAUUCACGGCGGCCACGCUGCAGGCACAGCUACAGCAGGCGAUGAUCAAUAACGGCGCCGGAGGGUGCAAUGCGCACCUCCCGGAGAGUGACGGCGGCGAAGCGGAAGAUGCUGAGUCUGUCUACGUUGACCCGGACCGAGUCAUUGAGUCAAUCGGGCCGAGUUGCAAGGCUUGCCGGAAGCGAGUUGCGUCGGUGGUGCUUUUGCCGUGUCGGCAUUUGUGUGUUUGUACGGAUUGUGAUGCUGUGCUUCAAGCUUGUCCCCUCUGUUUCUCCAUUAGAACCUCAAGUGUUGAGGUUUUUCUGUGUUAGGCCCAAUUCUCGGCCCACGAUCUUUGCAGCCCAGGCCCAUGGAUUCUAACUUUUGUAUGCAUGAUUGCAUGGUAAAUGGGGUAGAAGUGAAAAAAAAGUAAAAGAAAACAUAAAAAUAAAUAAUGAAAUAUAUUAGUCAUGCUUUUCUUUCUUCAAAACUUUCUUCUUUUCUUUUACCCUUCGACUUGGUUUUUUUUCUUUUGGCUCCAUUUUGAGGACACAAAUCAUUGUUCUUUAUUCUUUUCUUCUUGAAGUGAAAAUACCUUGGAGAUGUUGUACAUUGUGAAAUGGUGAGGCAUUGCCUUUCCUGUUCUUUUUUGUCCUUUUUAUAAUUUCAAUUCAUUUAUAAAAUUCUUUCA